AUGGCGGAGCCUGAGCCCUCCAAGGGCAAACGGUGGGUCAUCGCCCUGGAGUUAGAGGGCCUGAAAUUUUCGGCUGCCCACUUCGUAGCCUUCCAUGGUUUUCGCGAGCCUAUGCACGGGCACAACUACACAGUAGGCGCCCGGAUCGGUGCCCGACAGCUGCAGCCCGAUGGCUAUGUCGUUGACUUCGGGGAUGUGAAGAAGGUGUUGAGGCAGAUUUGCAAGAGGCUGAAUCAGCGCACCUUAUUGCCAGCUCGGAGUGAUGUAUUGACACUGCAGCAGCUCAAUGACUUACAGUUGGAGGUGCAGUGCCAGGGAGGAGUGAAGUUUGUCCUUCCGGCGGCGGAUUGCCUGCUGCUUCCCAUUGUGCACAGUACCGCGGAAGAGUUGGCGGAAUAUAUCGCCUUGGAAGUGGUGCAACAGCUGGGACACCAGCUGAGAAGCCGACUGUGCCAAUGGUUAGAGGUCUCUGUCUCUGAAAGGCCUGGCCAGACUGGCUGCUUUACAAUACCCCUCGCAGAAGCAGCUUCGUUCAUUCACGUCCGGGGGUCUCCAACUCCCAGGCCUUGCAUGGUGCCUGUGUCAGGCUUUGAUCCUAUGGAUCAGGUACAGCUGAUCCCCAGUCCACCAGUCUCCCAAGUCAGCAGUGAUCCAGCAGAAGAUGCCUAUCGUCUUCUGUUGUCUACGCUGGGCAUUGCUGAAUCCUCACGGCAUGAGCUGGACAAGACUCCCGCCAGAGCUGCGAAAGCCUUCCGGGAGAUGACGGCAGGGCUGCGGGUAGAAGAUCCGCUGUCAGUGGUUGGGGAUGCCGUGUUCGAGGUCGAUGGAGCUUAUGAUCUCGUAGCUGUGAGGGAUAUUCCCUUUCACUCGCUUUGCGAGCACCAUUUGUUGCCCUUUGCGGGCACUGCACACAUCGCCUACUUUCCCAAUGGUCGGGUCCUGGGCUUGUCGAAAUUCGCGCGACUACUGGAAGUCUUUGCGCGAAGACUUCAGCUGCAAGAACGGCUGGGGCACCAGCUGGCGGAGGCUCUGAACCAGCUACUGUCUCCCAAAGCAGUAGCUGUGAGCUUGGAGGCAUACCACACCUGCAUGAGCCAUCGUGGUGCUUCGGUGCCAUCUACCACUCGAACGAUUGCUCUUCGAGGCGUUUCGGAUCCUCCAGGAACACUGCUGUGUAAGUCGUACAUCGUUAAGCAACGAUCGUCGGGCCUUGCCCGAAAGAUCGCCGUGUAG